GUGCCAGCAGUGCCGGGUACACGUGUCCUCGGACCAAAAUAUAGUGGCAUAUAUUGUUUCGGGCAAACUGCUGAGGAUGCAGGACGCUGUUUCUCUCUGGUCAAUCAACUUGCGUGGGCGAACUAGUGCCUAAACGGACGUGGAACUUUCCUCAAUGGAACCAAACACCUAGAUCUACUGUAACAAAAUACAAAUGAUGGGCGAGUACCGUUUUUUCCACUUCUUCGUCUUUGGUCAGUUGCCCUGAGUUUUUUUUCAAGGAAGAUUCGACAGGCUGGUUGUGUCAUGGCUCUGACGUCACGCUUCUGAAUGAACCUGACAAGCUUGGUAUAAAAGCCGGGUUCGGAUCCAAUGUCGAGAGGACGAUCUAGUGUUCAAAGUAAUAAUUGCCAGCACCUUGAGUGAGUGAAUAUGCUGCCGCCGCACCAUUCUUUAUCUGUUCCUGUGAUAAUUCUCCUCACUAUUAAUAUUCUGGUCUCUUAUGGAGCUAAGUGGACAUAUACUGGUCCGGAUGGGGAGCAUCACUGGGCCAAACACUACCCCUUCUGUGGAGGGGCGUUCCAGUCCCCCAUCGAUUUCCAGACUCCUCUCCUGAGGUACGAACCUAACCUGGCACCAAUUGAGCUACGGAACUACAACCUCUCCCGGAAUGAACAGCUUACCCUCAGCAACAACGGACACUCAGAGUGUGUAUCAAGGAUGGCGUGUCAUUUCCUUACCACAGUGCAGCUGUCCCUGCCCUCCAGGAUGUACGUCACCAGCCUGCCCAACCGCUAUUCGGCCGACCAGAUGCACCUCCACUGGGGCGCCCCCAGCCUGCUGCCCGGCUCUGAACACACCAUCAAUGGCAAGCAGUUUGCUGCAGAGCUGCACAUUGUGCACUUCAAUUCCGACAAGUACCCCAACAUGUCCAUGGCUGUGGAUAAGUCAGAUGGCCUGGCUGUCCUGGGGGUUCUGAUUGAGGUUGGUGAAUUCAACCCAGCCUUUGAACACUUUCUGAAAUACAUCAAUGGCAUUAAAUACAAAGAUCAAAAGAUUCAGGUCCCAGCCUUCAACAUCAGAGACCUUCUCCCAUCUCGUCUGGAUCAGUACUAUCGCUAUGACGGCUCUCUGACCACGCCCCCGUGCUAUCCCAGCGUACUUUGGACUGUGUUCCGGAACCCUGUCACCUUCUCAAUCCAACAGUUCCAGGCCCUGGCGUCCGCCAUGUACUCCUCCAGCAUACAGGAGUCUGCCCCAGUGCCUCUGAAUGGAAACUACCGGAAGCCGCAGCUCACGGACAACAGAGUUGUCCUGGUGUCCUUCCAGGAUGGACGGGCGCUGCAUGGCAUCCUGAAAGCGGCCACUGCCCUGCAGCGAAGACAGGUCAUCCAGAAGCUGCUGGUGGGUGACCUGGCAGACCUGGCAGACGAGGGCCUGUACCAGCUGCUGCCUGCCGCCAGCCCCAAGCCCCGGACCACUGGCAAGUGGAAAAACACCAGGAAGAGCCAGCGCACCCACGCUCCGGGCAUAAACAAACAGCGCUGGCAGCAAAACAACCUGCCCAGUGACACCACCGGCAGCCGGGGCGGUAAUAACGCCUACGCGCCCACCACAGCAUGGCAGAAGGGCACGCACGGUUGGCAGUCCGUGGGUAAGUACAGCGUGAACGAGGCAGCACUGUGCUACGGCUCGCUGGCAGAGAGGACGGAGCGGCAGCUGAGGGGCGUCCAUGACCAGGCCCAGCUGACGCAGGCGCUCCACAAGUCCGUCUUCCCCGAGCUCAACCUCCGCAGCUACCUGGCCUGCAGGUCUGAGUUGGACCUGGAGACCGUCCGGCUCCUGCUCCGCGGGCGGCCCAGCGACGAGGCCAACGAGCUCGACCACUCACUUACCGUGGCAACCAUGGGUCGCAAGAAGAAGCCGGCCGUGUCGUAUCGUGCAUCGUCCAGAGCAACGACCAAGAAACCAAUGCGGAACUCCCAGUCAACAUUUGGCAAGAACAACGCCAACAACAACGCCUAUAGCAAUGCCUACAUCAAUGCCAAUAGACACAACCGAAUCCAGCCCUUGGAAUGGGAAGAUUAGAGCACUAAGAUGCCACAGGAACUGAAAAGCUACUGUGAGCGUUCAGAAAUGCUCUUUGGCAUGGAGGACGCUCCUGUCACAUUUAAAGCACAGAAAGACAUGCAUGAGCAGCAAAGAGGUUAUGUCACACAGCCCAAUAGCUAAAGAUCUAGUUAAUGCUUAAUGCCUAUAUUUCUAAACGUAUUUCCUCUAGCUUGCAUUGGGGUGGUGCAGAAUGUGUUGGACAAUUCUCUUUUUUCAACAGCUAAUUGAGGGCAUUACAUAACGGUCACUUUUCAGCAUAUGGGAGCUUUUCUUGACCAAGGCAUUCCAGUAGAGCAGAGGUCUGUUCCAAACAUCACUGGACCUUGCGUGGGUAGCAUGCGUUUAAAUAUGUCGUGAUGAACACAUUUACUGGCAAGGAAAUUCUGUCUAAGUUUAAUGGGAAAAGUUGAGCUCUGUGUCGUGGUAAUUAUAUAUUGAAGUGGUUGAAGGGUGGUGCAAAGUGGACGAUGGCAGCUGGCAGCUAACCCUAAAAAAGACAGUCCAUAAGUGCUUCUACAUUCCUGUAUUUAAAGCAUUGUUUGCUGCCGGUUUGGGUUUGAUUUCCUUAUUUAAGACAAACCAAAUUGGGAUUGACAUAUAUUUUGUUUCAAUGUGCUUGUUUUAAUUGGUAAAAAUAAAGCUAUUACAUAAUAAACCCAUUGAAUCGUGAUUAUGUGAUUUGUUUAACCGUAGCAGCACUUAACUGUUUGUAUGUACGAUGUGAGGAGACUGUUUGAGUUAUAUGACUGAGUGAGUGAGUGUUAUAUUGAAGAGAUCUGGAAACUAACUAUGUGCCCUCACAUACAGAA